CCCAUAUACAGGAAACUUCUUAAAUGAUACUUUAAAAAAUGGGAAUAAAUUUGUUAGCAUAUGCAUUAAAGUAACUUUAUGUCAUUAAUUACUUUUGGUAACUGACGUUGCUAUUUUAACACAUUUGUUAUUACAAAAAUUAAUAACAAAUUAUACAUAAGUUGUAGUUGACAAACAGUUUCUCAUUCACAUAAGGCCUCUUAGUUUAAGUGAUUUUCGGAUAACAGAGUUUCAUUUCGAGAUAACAAUUAAGGGGAGUAUGAAUAAUGAGUUAUGUAAAAGGAUUUGACUUUGAAUAUCUAUAUGAAAAUGGAAUACAACAUUAGAAAACCAUGGACAAGAACAACUUUAUACCUCUUAGUUCUGUUUGCCAGUUUUUCAAGCGGCUUUCAUCUUGGUACUGUCAAUCAAAAGAGGAAUGGGAAUUCUAAACUGCUCAACAAGCAAGUAGAUGUAGCAAAGAUUCGUGAACUUGGCGAUGGCAAGAAUCCACUUGAUAAUUUAUCAUUAACUAAAAAUGUAUCAGAUAUUUCCCAAACAUCAAUAAGAAAGCUUCAACUGGAAAUACAAGAACUUUUGCGUAUGCAAAAACAGCUUCAGUCAGAAAUGGUGUCCGGUGCAGACAAUGCAAAGAAAACAAAACUGUUGCAGCACAUUAAAACGCAAAUACAACUUAGGAUGAUGCAACAAAAAGGUAGCAAAUCCCAACAUACAGCAAGUAAAAACGUGCACUCAAAAGCUGAUUUCACUGACCAACAAAAAGGUAAUUCAAACCAACAUAAGACAAAACCAAAUAAAACUUCUAACGUCGCUGUCAAACAAUCCAAACAUGUUCAAUUACAACAGCCACAUAUUCCAACCCAUAAUAAUGCCGCAUUACAAAAUGUUCAGUAUCAGAAGCAGAAUGAGCAGAUCCAACAGCUGAAGCAACAGAAACAGGAACUAACACAACGUAGUCAGUAUACUGUUCAAUCAAAAAGGAAACAGAUAAUACCAAUGCAAACUUUGAUUCAGCAAAGCAAACCAACAGUCAUAGAAGCAGCGCAAAAUCCGCAAAUGCCGUACGCUAACUUAGACUUAGCUUACAAUAAUUUAGAGCUACAAAAUCAACAACAGUUACAGAUGCAACAAAUUUCCCCGACCGCUUUUAUUCAACAGAGAGUUCCUAUUCAGAUAAAUAAUCAGAAUGGUAUGAAUCAAGCGCAAGUCAAUUUAAUGGAUCGGCAAUUCAUGGGUAUGAAUCAAAAUGGUGUAAAACUAGAAUCGUCGCAGCAUGUUCUUGUACCAGUAAAUGCUUUAUCUGUUAACAGUUUAGUACCAAGAAAUCUUCUAACUGGUGAAAGGUACAUAGUUGUAGAUACAGCGAUGCAGGACAAUUUAAACCUUAAAAUGGCAGAUGGUUCUUUAGUGAUUCAAUCAGAUAAACAAAAAUUGACAGAGAAGCCAACUACACAGAAACCAUCAACAACAAAGGCAUCAACACAGGCACAACAAAUAACAAAACCAAUAACUCAAAGACCAACUACCACUCUUUCGCCUACAGUCGCUACAAAACCUCCUUCGACGCUCGCACCAACACCUCCAACAACUAGGUACCCUUUACAUUGA